AUGCAAGUUCGUGAAAAGGUUGUGAUGAAGUCACUGGAUGUCGCGACUGUGCAGGACCUCGACACGCGUUGCAUCGCGGUGCCGGCUGUGGCGCGCCUGGCACAGAGUAGCUGGAGUCACGGACCACCGCCGCCUGCAGAGGGAGACCAGCAGCCCAGAGGCGCCCUGGUGGCUGUUCGCGGCAUCGCCUGGGCCUCUGGCAGGGGACUCAGCGGUGGCCUCGCGCGCCUCGUCGCUGCCGACUGCACCAACUCCUGCUCCGUGCACGCCUUCCACCAGACACCCCACUGCAGCCCAGUGCACAGUGACCCGUCUCGCCCUCCCAUCCACGUCUGCCCCAGCUGCCCACAGUACUCACCCCUCUCGCCCUCCCAUCCACGUCUGCCCCAGCUGCCCACAGUACUCACCCCUCUCGCCCUCCCAUCCACGUCUGCCCCAGCUGCCCACAGUACUCACCCCUCUCGCCCUCCCAUCCACGUCUGCCCCAGCUGCCCACAGUACUCACCCCUCUCGCCCUCCCAUCCACGUCUGCCCCAGCUGCCCACAGUACUCACCCCUCUCGCCCUCCCAUCCACGCCUGCCCCAGCUGCCCACAGUACUCACCCCUCUCGCCCUCCCAUCCACGUCUGCCCCAGCUGCCCACAGUACUCACCCCUCUCGCCCUCCCAUCCACGUCUGCCCCAGCUGCCCACAGUACUCACCCCUCUCGCCCUCCCAUCCACGUCUGCCCCAGCUGCCCACAGUACUCACCCCUCUCGCCCUCCCAUCCACGUCUGCCCCAGCUGCCCACAGUACUCACCCCUCUCGCCCUCCCAUCCACGUCUGCCCCAGCUGCCCACAGUACUCACCCCUCUCGCCCUCCCAUCCACGUCUGCCCCAGCUGCCCACAGUACUCACCCCUCUCGCCCUCCCAUCCACGUCUGCCCCAGCUGCCCACAGUACUCACCCCUCUCGCCCUCCCAUCCACGUCUGCCCCAGCUGCCCACAGUACUCACCCCUCUCGCCCUCCCAUCCACGUCUGCCCCAGCUGCCCACAGUACUCACCCCUCUCGCCCUCCCAUCCACGUCUGCCCCAGCUGCCCACAGUACUCACCCCUCUCGCCCUCCCAUCCACGUCUGCCCCAGCUGCCCACAGUACUCACCCCUCUCGCCCUCCCAUCCACGUCUGCCCCAGCUGCCCACAGUACUCACCCCUCUCGCCCUCCCAUCCACGUCUGCCCCAGCUGCCCACAGUACUCACCCCUCUCGCCCUCCCAUCCACGUCUGCCCCAGCUGCCCACAGUACUCACCCCUCUCGCCCUCCCAUCCACGUCUGCCCCAGCUGCCCACAGUACUCACCCCUCUCGCCCUCCCAUCCACGUCUGCCCCAGCUGCCCACAGUACUCACCCCUCUCGCCCUCCCAUCCACGUCUGCCCCAGCUGCCCACAGUACUCACCCCUCUCGCCCUCCCAUCCACGUCUGCCCCAGCUGCCCACAGUACUCACCCCUCUCGCCCUCCCAUCCACGUCUGCCCCAGCUGCCCACAGUACUCACCCCUCUCGCCCUCCCAUCCACGUCUGCCCCAGCUGCCCACAGUACUCACCCCUCUCGCCCUCCCAUCCACGUCUGCCCCAGCUGCCCACAGUACUCACCCCUCUCGCCCUCCCAUCCACGUCUGCCCCAGCUGCCCACAGUACUCACCCCUCUCGCCCUCCCAUCCACGUCUGCCCCAGCUGCCCACAGUACUCACCCCUCUCGCCCUCCCAUCCACGUCUGCCCCAGCUGCCCACAGUACUCACCCCUCUCGCCCUCCCAUCCACGUCUGCCCCAGCUGCCCACAGUACUCACCCCUCUCGCCCUCCCAUCCACGCCUGCCCCAGCUGCCCACAGUACUCACCCCUCUCGCCCUCCCAUCCACGUCUGCCCCAGCUGCCCACAGUACUCACCCCUCUCGCCCUCCCAUCCACGUCUGCCCCAGCUGCCCACAGUACUCACCCCUCUCGCCCUCCCAUCCACGUCUGCCCCAGCUGCCCACAGUACUCACCCCUCUCGCCCUCCCAUCCACGUCUGCCCCAGCUGCCCACAGUACUCACCCCUCUCGCCCUCCCAUCCACGUCUGCCCCAGCUGCCCACAGUACUCACCCCUCUCGCCCUCCCAUCCACGUCUGCCCCAGCUGCCCACAGUGCUCACCCCUCUCGCCCUCCCAUCCACGUCUGCCCCAGCUGCCCACAGUACUCACCCCUCUCGCCCUCCCAUCCACGUCUGCCCCAGCUGCCCACAGUACUCACCCCUCUCGCCCUCCCAUCCACGUCUGCCCCAGCUGCCCACAGUACUCACCCCUCUCGCCCUCCCAUCCACGUCUGCCCCAGCUGCCCACAGUACUCACCCCUCUCGCCCUCCCAUCCACGUCUGCCCCAGCUGCCCACAGUACUCACCCCUCUCGCCCUCCCACCCACGUCUGCCCCAGCUGCCCACAGUAUACACCGAUCUCCGUUUCCUCCUCCUCAGCUCCCUGGAUCCGCCUCCCACCUGUUUCCUCUCCAGGAGUCUCCUGGACAAAAAAUUUAGAUUCUUAUACUUUAAUAUGAACACUCACAUCAAAUGA